AGUUUGUCAGAGUGUCAGCCACGCUGCAGUCGAGACAAGUCUCUGUUUCUCUCUGAAAGAAAACUCAAACUGACUUCAUCAGGUCUUUCUCAACAACACAGCAGAGUCUCUGACAAACACCGAUAUGGCUGCUGCAAACUAUCUGCCAUCUGAAGAUCAGUUUCUGUGCUCCAUCUGUCUGGAUGUGUUCACUGAUCCUGUCGCCACAUCAUGUGGUCACAACUUCUGCAAGAACUGCAUCAAUGAACACUGGGAUGCUAAUGAGCAGUACCUGUGUCCGAUGUGUAAAAAGGUUUUCAACACAAGACCUGAGCUGCACGUCAACACUUUGUUCUCUGAGAUGGUUGCUCAGUUCAGACAGUCAGCUCAACAGAAAGCCAGCAGCAGCAGCUCAGAGCAACAAGUGUCCAAACCAGGAGAAGUUCCCUGUGACGUCUGCACUGGAACCAAACUGAAGGCCCUGAAGUCCUGCCUGGUGUGUCUGGUCUCCUACUGUGAGACUCACCUGGAGCCUCAUCUGACCAUGUCAGGUCUGAAAAGACAUCAGCUGAUCGACCCUGUGGAGAACCUGGAAGGCAGGAUGUGUACGAAGCACGAUAAACCUCUGGAGCUGUUCUGUAAGACCGACCAGACAUGUGUCUGCAUGCUCUGCACUGUUUUAGACCACAAGAUGCAUGAUGUUGUUCCUCUGAAAGAAGAAUAUGAAGGAAAGAAGGCAGAGCUGGGGAAGACAAAGGCUGAAAUUCAGCAGAUGAUCCAGAAGAGACGACUGAAGAUUCAGGAGAUCAAACACUCAGUCGACCUCAGUGAGGAAGAUGCAGACAGAGAGAUAGCAGAAGGUGUUCAGGUCUUCACUUCUCUGAAGGAGUCUGUUGAGAGAGGCCUGAAUGAGCUCAUCAACACCAUCAAAGAGAAGCAGAAAACAACAGAAAAACAGGCUGAAGCUUUCAUCAAAGAGCUGGAACAGGAAAUCUCUGAGCUGAUGAAGAGGAGCACUGAGGUGGAGCAGGUGUCACGCUCUGAAGACCACCUCCAUCUUCUCCAGAGUGUCCAGUCCCUAAACAUCCAACAACCUCCACCCACCAAGGACUGGACAGAGGUCAGCGUCAGUCCAUCAUCAUAUGAGGGGACUGUGGUGAAAGCUGUGGUUCAGCUGGAGGAGACACUCAGUAAAGAAAUGAAGAAGCUGCUCGCUGAGUCUGAGCUGAAGAGGGUCCAGCAGUAUGCAGUGGAUGUGACUCUUGAUCCUGAUACAGCACAUCCUAAACUCCAUCUGUCUGAUGAUGGGAAACAAGUGAAUGAUAGUGAUGUGAGGAAGAAUCUCCCAGACAACCCAGAGAGAUUUUCUUAUGGUCUUUGUGUUUUAGGAAAGCAGAGUUUCUCUUCAGGCAGAUUUUACUUUGAGGUUCAAGUUAAAGGAAAGACUAAAUGGGAUUUAGGAGUGGCCAGAGAGUCGAUCAACAGGAAGGAAAGCAUCACACUGAGCCCUCAGAAUGGUGUAUGGACUAUAGUGUUGAGAAAUGGAAAAGAGUACAAAGCUGCUGCUGACCUUCCAGUCCUUCUCUCUCUGAAGUCUCCUCCUCAGAAGGUGGGGGUGUUUGUGGAUUAUGAGGAGGUUCUGGUCUCCUUUUAUGACGUAGAUGCUGCAGCUCUUAUCUACUCCUUUACUGGCUGCUCCUUCACUGAGAAACUCUUCCCAUACUUCAAUCCCUGUGGUAAUGAUGGUGGUAAAAACUCUGCCCCUCUGAUCAUCUCUCCUGUCAGAGUAAACUAAUCACUUAACUUUUAUUUAUUUAUUUUCA